AUGAAUUUCCUCAUUUCAAAAUUCAAGUGGCAAAAUGGUUCCAGAAUAAAUCAAUACAUGUUGGCUAUUAUUCUAACCAUUCCCUUACUAAAUUUCGGCAUGGUGCAAGGCUGGUUAUCACCAAUGAUAUGGCUUCUACAAUCUGCAGAUAGUCCCUCACCGGUGCCUUAUGACGCCACUGAAAUUAGCUGGGUGACAUCAGUGACAUAUAUCACCGCCAUCAUAACUGGUGCGCCAAUGGGGGCGCUUUGUGAUCGAUAUGGCAGAAAAAUCAUGGCUUUACUCACAACGUUCUCACUUAUAGUGUACUGGCAGAUCAAGCUCCUGUCACUGGAACCGUGGGCGCUGAUCCUUGCGCGGGCAGUGGCUGGUAUCCCUUGCUCGGCAUGCUACAUUGUGCUACCGAUAUACCUCAAAGAGAUAUGCGAUAUUGACUUAAGAGGGGCGCUUGGAUCUAUGCUCAUUAUGAACAGAAACAUUGGCUACCUAUUGAGCUACAUCGGCGCAGAUCUACUAGCUGUGAACACCAUGCUGUGGUUGGGCCUUAUCGUACCCAGUGUUGUGUUUUGCGCGUUUCUGUUCAUACCCGAGACGCCCGAAUUCCUCGUUAAGCAGGGUAAAGUUGAUGAAGCAAGAUCAGUAUUAGCGUGGCUACGUGGGCUGUCUGUCACGGACCGAUCUUUGGAAUCCGAAAUGGAGAAAAUCGUGAAUGCGGAGAAAAAAGCUGACCAUAAAUCUGUAUGGGGAAUCAUUUACGCAGACAAACCAACCCGUCGAGCUUUUAUAAUCACCAUAGUAAUAAAGAUAACCCAACAAUUCGACGGCUACCUCAUCGUCCUCAUCUACGCGGGAUUCGUCUUCAAGCAAGCUUCAUCUUCCAUCGGGUUAGAGCUGACGCCGAACAAGCAAGUAAUGGUGAUUGGUUUGGUGCAGUUGCUGGGGUCUACAGUAGCUACUUGCGUUGUUGAGAAAACCGGUAGAAAGCUUCUCCUAGUCACAACCUCGUUUCUCGUAGGCGUCGGCAUGUUAGUUUUGUCAAGUUGGUUCUACCUGACGUCUAUGGGCGUGUGGCUCCCAGGCUGGCUGCCAGUCGUCGCUAUGUGCAUAGCCAUCUUCGCUGAUGCCGCCGGCUUCCAGCCAAUCUCAUAUAUCAUCAUUACAGACAUGUUUGCUUUUCAGCUCCGAGGCACAGUGUCAUCAAUCGCAAAUAUUUCCGCAAAAUUGAGCAACUUUAUACAAAUGAAGUGGUUCACGAACCUCUGCGAAUUCGUCGGCAUACAUUGGACGUUUUUUUUCUUCGCCGUCGUAUGCUUUAUCGCCUGUUUUUACUCAAUGGUGGAGUUCCCUGAAACGAGACAAAAGACUGUUGAAGAAAUUUAUACUAAGCUUAAUCGGAAAGAAAAGAAUAAAAGUGAGUCGAUUCCGUAAAAUUGUUUACGCCUACGUCUGGUUGAUGUUGGGAAAAACGUUUUUAUUUGAAUGUCUAUCCAUCUUUCCAAUCCAUAUAGACAAAUUCUGUUCCAAUACUUUUGGAAAUUCAGACAAACUUGUACCUAAGCUCCGCACAUUUGGUUGCAGAAUUCUUUACUGAAAUUUCAGAAGCUGUUGAAGUUCAACAAUGUUUAGUAGAAUUAUUACUCGCAUCUAUAAAUAAUUCAUUUGAAAUUAUGAUUAAGAUUCUAUUAACACUGUAAAUGUUUGUAAUAGCUGUGACUAUUUUACUGUAAAAGUUAAAUAUACCAGACUGUCGUAGAAAACUGUAG